GCCGCGCCGCCGCCCUGACAUGUCAGCAUGGAGAUCCGGCAGCACGAGUGGCUCGCGGGCCCCCCGCACGAGGGCUUCGAGCAGAUGCGGCUCAAAAGCCGCCCCAAGGAGCCGGCGCCCAGCCUGGCCCGAGUGGGCGCCAACUUCUACAGCGGCGUCAAGCAGCAGGACUACAGCGCCAGCGUCUGGCUCCGCAGGAAAGACAAGCUGGAGCACUCCCAACAGAAGUGCAUUGUGAUCUUUGCUCUGGUGUGCUGCUUUGCCAUUCUGGUUGCAUUGAUAUUUUCAGCUGUGGACAUCAUGGGAGAGGAUGAAGAUGGACUCUCUGAAAAAAAUUGUCAAAAUAAAUGUCGGUAAGAGAAUUGCCCUGGUGGAAAAUAUUCCUGAAGGCCUUAACUAUUCAGAAAAUGCACCAUUUCACUUAUCACUUUUCCAAGGCUGGAUGAAUUUACUCAACAUGGCCAAAAAGUCUGUUGACAUAGUGUCUUCCCAUUGGGAUCUCAACCACACUCAUCCAUCAGCAUGUCAGGGUCAGCGUCUUUUUGAAAAGUUGCUUCAACUGACUUCACAAAAUAUUGAAAUUAAGCUAGUGAGUGACAUAACAGCUGAUUCAAAGGUAUUAGAAGCCUUGAAAUUAAAGGGAGCAGAGGUGACGUACAUGAACAUGACUGCCUACAACAAGGGCCGGCUCCAGUCCUCCUUCUGGAUUGUUGACAAACAACAUGUGUACAUUGGCAGUGCCAGUUUAGACUGGAGAUCACUGGGACAGAUGAAAGAACUUGGUGUCAUCUUCUACAACUGCAGCUGCCUGGUCCUAGAUUUACAAAGGAUUUUUGCUUUAUAUAGUUCAUUGAAAUUCAAGAGUAGAGUACCUCAGACGUGGUCCAAGAGGCUGUAUGGAGUCUAUGACAACCAAAAGAAAUUGCAGCUUCAGUUGAACGAAACCUACUCUCAAGCAUUUGUGUCGAAUUCUCCCAAACUUUUUUGCCCCAAGAACAGAAGCUUUGAUGUAGAUGCCAUCUACAGUGUGAUUGACGAUGCCAAGAAGUUUGUUUUCAUCGCUGUCAUGGACUACCUGCCUAUCUCCAGCACAAGCUCCCGAAGGACUUACUGGCCAGAUUUGGAUGGAAAAAUAAGAGAAGCAUUAGUUUUGCGAAGUGUGAAAGUUCGACUCCUCAUAAGCUUCUGGAAAGAAACAGACCCCCUUACAUUUAACUUUAUUUCAUCUCUUAAAGCUAUUUGCACUGAAAUAGCCAACUGCAGUUUGAAAGUUAAAUUUUUUGAUCUGGAAAGAGAGAAUACUUGUGCUACAAAAGAACAAAAGAAUAACACAUUUCCUAAACUAAAUAGAAACAAGUAUAUGGUGACGGAUGGAGCAGCUUAUAUUGGAAAUUUUGACUGGGUAGGGAAUGAUUUUACCCAGAAUGCUGGCACAGGCCUUGUUAUCAACCAGGUGGACGUGAGCAACGAGACAAGCAUCAUUAAGCAACUUAAAGAUGUGUUUGAAAGGGACUGGUAUUCACCCUAUGCCAGAGCCUUACAUCCAACCAAACAGCCGAACUGCUCAGGCCUGUUCAGGCUCAAAUCUCUCUCCCAGAAAACUGCCACAUACAAUGCAAGUGGAAAGGACCCCUGAGUGGCUGAAAGCAUGACAACACUGGUGGGACAGCUCUGGAUUUCCUAGUGAUCGGAGAGGAUCUGAGGACAGGAAAACCAAUUUCAUAUCUCCUUUUCUUGGGGAAAAAGCACACUCACUAGAAUUGUUCUCAGAAGUACAUGUAACAUCUAGCUAACAAUAUACUAGUACUGAGUACACAAAAUCAAAGACUUUAGCAGUGUUACUGCUGACAGCGAAUGCCUCUGGCUUAGAAGGAGGUUUUUACAUUGUAUACAGAUUUUAACACUUUGAUUCCUCAUUCUUUCUAGUUUUAGAGGGUUUUUCUGCUGACCCACUUAGUCAGUUCUUAGGGAGUUUAGUGUGAGG